CGCUGAACAGCCGCUGCUCUGUAUGUAUGUGGGAAUGCGGUGGUUCACUUGACUGUGCCGAAGGCGGUAGGUCGGUAGGUAGGUAGGGCACGGCACGGCACGCCACAGCACGGCACGACAACCAAGGAAACCGGAGCUGUCUGGGGCUGGCUCCUGUCCCACUUAACGGUCUGUUUUUUUAGGGAUGUGGGUCAGGCUUUCGGACGGAACGCAGCAGCUGGGUGUUUCCCCCCGGUCCCGGAGAUUUUCUUGCCCUGUGGCGGGGUUAUGAGAGAGGAUUCCCCGUCAGCAGCAGCAGCAACAGCAGCAGCAGCAGCAGCAGCAUGGAGCAACGCAGUGCAGGCAGCUGUGACAGGUGACAGAGUCAUGAAACCUGGGCUGUUCUGAUCUCCUCUGCGUGAACUCCAGCGGGUGCAGAUUUGGCUGCACGUCCCCGGCAUCACCAUGUUUUACGGCUCGUCCUCUGGGGCCAGCAUGUCCCUGCCCUCCAAGAGUCGCCUCAAGAGACAGAGCAGGACCUUCACGCAGGUGCUGUACCGUACCCUGAGUUACCGGGACCGUGUGCCCACAGAGGUGGGUACUAACACCAGGGACAGAGACAAACGCUCCACAGAGGAGCCCCCUGAGCGACCACCUGAUGACCCUGCAGAACUAUCCACUCAGAGCUCUGCCCCUGGGGUUCUCAAGAUUUUUGGAGACGAGAUCUGUGCAGGGGCCAACUACAAGAGCGUCCUGGCCACGCCCCGAUCCAGUGCACAGGAGCUGGUGAAGGAGGCUCUGGAUCGCUACUCCCUUAACAAGGACGCGGCGCACUGCUACGUGCUCUGUGAUGUCAUCGGGCGCCUGGAGGUGGGCGGGGGCGUGGGGGGCGUCAGCUGGAGGACUGAGUGUUUACGGGCUCUAGGGGACAAUGAGAAGCCUUUGCUGCUCCAGGAACUGUGGAAGCCCAGAGAGGGACACGCCCGGCGUUUUGAGCUCCGAAGGAGGGCCGAGGUGGAGGAGCUUAAUGCCAAGGACAAGGACACCAUCACUGCAGCUGUAGGCCGAGCCCCUCACUUCCUGGCCGCUCUAAUGGGUCGGUCCGGGCUGGGCAAACUCAGGAGCUCCCCCCUGCGCUCCGGCCGAGUGCCACAGUCCGGCUCCAAAGAUAUCAACGCCCAGGCCCGCAAGCUCCAGAGAAAUAGGGCCAAAGGGACACUUACCCUGCCCCGCUCUGGCACCUCGUCGCUUUGCCGCAGCCUGAGCGAGACAAGCCUCAACCAGCUUGGAGUGGGUGAGGAGCCGAAGCGAUACUACUCCACGCUGCCCGGGCCUCUGCGAUCCCGAGAGCGAGAGGUGUCAAGCGGACGCAGGAAAGAGGACAGCCAUGGAGGAGGAGGGGUGCGCCACUCUUUGUACCAGUCCCCUCACCUGCUUUUGCUACAGGGAUACAACCGCCAGGACUGCCUGGUGUACCUGCUGAACAGAGAGCAGCACACAGUGGGACAGGAGACCCCCUCGGCUCGACCCAACAUCUGCCUCUUCUCCCCGGACAUCAUGCCCCUGCAUUGUCGCCUGCGGAAAGUUCCUGCCCCCCGCCAUCAUGGCAACAACACGAAAGGAGAGGAACCUGGGGAGCACUUCAGUGUCGCUGUGGAGCCCGUGUUGAAUGCCACCGUGCUGGUUAACUUUUCCCGUUGCGAGCGCUCCACAACCCUGCGUCAUGGGGACUUGCUGUCCUUCGGAGCGCACUACAUCUUUCUGUACAAGGACCCCACUGGAGCCAAGCCACUGCCCACCCAGACCCUCGCCCGCCUGCGCUCCCUGGGUCAGCUAUACGAGGCAGGGGCAGAGGAGGCAGAGGGGGGACAGGUGUGUAAGAUGUGUGGCUCCACGCUGAAGGACAGAGCAAGCCAGGUGUCCAGUGUGCCCGCUGUCAGGCGCAGCUUUAAGCCUCACCUGGUCAAGCCCCGCAGCAUCGGCACAGCGGUGGGGCUGGCUGUGGCCACACCCUUGAGUGUGGGCGGAACAGGGCCGGAGGGGGGCGGGGUCAGAGGAGUGGGGCAGAAGAGACGCUUACAGCUGGAGUUUGACCAAGCACACGAAGACCAGCUCCUAAACAGGAUCGUGUCACUUAUCGAACCUGGAGGAGACGACCAUAAGCUGACGACAGCCUACCUGCUGUGUCUGUGCAUACAGCACUCUGCCUCCAAUUUCCCUCCUGGGAGCUUUGGGAAGCUGCUGCUCAAGAUCGUGCGCAGGAUCCAGACCAUUGCCUGGGAGAAGACAAAGGAGCUGGCGCAGAAGCAAGCUCAGCACCAGGACCCCGCCUCUCUGUCCCUCCUCAGUAUCUCUGACCUGGUGCCAGACCUGCAGACCAUCUUCUUCUGGAUGUCCAACUCCAUUGAGAUCCUCUACUUCAUCCAGCAGCGCACGCCAGCCUACACGCACAGCAUCGAGAACAUGCAGGGGUCCAAAGAGUCGCUGCUAUCGGCAACCAUCUCAGCCAAUGAGGAAGCUAUGAGCAUCUUGGAGGAGGUCAUCAUGUACACCUUUCAACAGUGUGUCUACUAUAUCACCAAGGCUCUGUACGUGGUGCUGCCAGGCCUGCUGGACUGUAAUCCAUUCCCUGUGGACGGCUCGGAGCCCUGCUGGAAAGGAGGAGUGGGCUUCCCUGAGCCGGUGCGCAGGGUCUUACAGGUCUUUCAGAGCACCCAGGAGCUGCUGCAGGGGUACCAGGUCCACCCAGAGAUCCAAGCCCAGAUGUUUGCUUACCUCUUCUUCUUUUCCAACGUGUCCCUGUUUAACCAGCUAAUGGAUAAAGGCCCAGUGCGUGGCUGGUUCCAGAGGUCCAAAGUGCUGCAGAUCCAAGCCUGUCUGAGGAUGCUUAUGGAGUGGGCCAGUCGCUCCAAACUGGGACACCUUGCAGAUAAGUUCUUCACCAAACUCAACAGUGCUGUGUCCAUAGUGGCAACUGCGCCCCAGCAACUCACACAGAUGAGCUGGCGGGCCCUUUCCAGUGAGCACCCCAGUCUGAAGCCCGUCCAGCUACACCGCAUCCUGAGCCAGUACCAGCAGACAGCAGAGCUGGGGCCAGUGCCUCUGUGGCAGCCCAGCACUGAGGAUGAGGCCUACAUCUACAGGACAGUGGAUCUCCUGGAGAGCUUCGAGAACCAUCCCCCCAUCGUGCUGCCGAGCUCCGGCUUCAGAGUGGACCUGGACAGUGACUGUGUGGAGGACAGCAUCUACAGACAGCUGCUGUACAUCCGGCACUACCUCUGGGGCCUGAGAACCAAGACGCACACACACAACAGUGCCCCCUCUGGACACACACAGUCCAACGGCACAAACACCAAUGACUGGGCUCCCGAGGUACAGAGGGAGUUGGCACCCGCUCACAGCAGUCCUCGCUCGGGAGGGCAAGGCGAUGAUGGGAGUGCAGAUCCCUCAGAGGAGCGCAGAGUGUCCCACCACACCCACAGUCUGAGGAGGAACGGGACCCUGCACCAGCCCAAAGCUCCCAACGCAGAGCUGUCCUGCCUUCUCACACCGCCUCACACCCCCCUGUACCCCGAGGGCGGAGCCCCAGGGCCAAACAAGGGUCACAGCCUUCAGCCCAAUGGAUGCCCCCCCAGGAGUGACUGCAAGAGGGCUAACGGCCUUAUCCCCAAUGGGCUGGAAGACUUCCCCUUCCCCGUGUCCUCGUGCGGGGCGUCCCCUGUCCCUGACGACCUGUGUGUGGUGUUUGUAGUGGAGCUGGACAAGGGACCGUACGGGCUCGGCAUGGGACUCAUCGAUGGCCUGCACACUCCUCUGAAUGCUCCAGGCAUUUACAUCCGCACCCUGAUCCCAGACGGUCCCGCAGCCUCUGACGGACGCCUGAGGAUCGGGGACAGGAUCCUGGCUGUGAAUGGCACCAGCCUCAUCGGAGCAGACUACCAGAGUGCCGUAGACCUGAUUCGGCUGGGAGGGGGACGGCUACGCUUCCUUGUGGCCAAGUCGGACCCUGAGGUGUCGGAGAAGAUCAGCGCAUCCUCAUGUUGACAGCACCCAUGAGACCCCUGCACC